AUUUUCCCUAGUAACCCACAUGGAAACCGAUCCGACUGUGUUUUGAGUUUCGGCGCCGAUUGAGGCGGUGAAAGAAAUCAGAGACAUAUAGGGCAUAUUGUUAAACAUAGAUCUGCUUCACAAUUUUACAUUUAUACAUUUGUAAGUAAGCUCAACCAUGAAGAUCGAGGAGGUAAAGAGUACCACGAAAACUCAGCGAAUCGCCUCACACAGUCAUGUGAAAGGACUCGGGCUAGACGAGGCCGGGAAUGCUAAACAGUCAGCGUGUGGGCUCGUCGGCCAGGAGGCUGCCAGAGAGGCCUGUGGCAUCAUUGUUGAACUGAUCCGUUCAAAGAAGAUGGCAGGAAGGGCAGUGUUACUGGCAGGGCCGCCUGGUACAGGAAAAACUGCCCUUGCCUUGGCCUUAGCACAGGAGUUGGGAAACAAGGUGCCUUUCUGCCCCAUGGUUGGCAGCGAAGUCUACUCAUCAGAGAUUAAAAAAACAGAAGUACUUAUGGAGAAUUUCAGGAGAGCCAUCGGACUGCGUAUCAAAGAAACAAAGGAGGUGUAUGAAGGAGAGGUGACGGAGCUGACCCCCUGUGAGACGGAGAAUCCCAUGGGUGGCUACGGAAAAACUAUCAGCCAUGUCAUCAUCGGUCUGAAGACGGGCAAAGGCACAAAGCAGCUCAAGCUGGACCCCAGUAUUUAUGAGAGUCUUCAGAAAGAGCGUGUGGAAGUGGGAGACGUCAUCUACAUUGAGGCCAACAGUGGAGCGGUCAAGAGACAAGGUCGCUGUGACACAUUUGCUACAGAGUUUGACCUGGAGGCAGAGGAGUAUGUUCCCCUGCCCAAAGGGGAUGUCCACAAAAAGAAGGAGAUAGUCCAAGAUGUCACACUGCAUGAUCUGGAUGUUGCAAAUGCAAGACCUCAGGGAGGCCAGGACAUCCUCUCCAUGAUGGGACAACUGAUGAAGCCCAAAAAGACAGAGAUUACAGAUAAACUGCGUACCGAGAUCAACAAGGUGGUGAACCGCUACAUUGACCAAGGCGUAGCUGAGCUCGUACCGGGUGUGUUGUUUGUGGACGAGGUGCACAUGCUGGACAUCGAGUGCUUCACUUACCUCCAUCGAGCACUCGAGAGCACCAUUGCCCCCAUCGUUGUGUUCGCCUCAAACAGGGGAAACUGUUUAGUCAGGGGGACAGAAGACAUCAGCUCUCCACAUGGGAUUCCUCUGGACCUGCUGGAUAGAGUCAUGAUCAUCCGCACCAUGUUGUACACACCACAGGAGAUGAAGCAGAUCAUCAAGAUUCGUGCUCAGACUGAGGGGAUUACUAUCAGCGAGGAAGCUCUCGCACAUCUGGCGGAAAUCGGCACCAAGACCACCCUCAGGUACGCUGUGCAGCUGCUUACACCAGCCAGUCUACUAGGCCGUGUUCAGGGCAAAGAGUCGGUGGAGAGGGAGCAGGUAGAGGAAAUCAACGAGCUGUUCUACGAUGCCAAGUCUUCUGCUAAAAUCCUGCAAGAUCAACAUAACAAAUUUAUGAAAUAGAGUUGGCUUUCUAUGUCGGGCUUGGGUUCUCAGCCACUUGUUA